CGCUGUUGCCAGUCGCUCGCCGAGCCGCCUGAGGGUACGGUGGUGGGUCGGAUCUUGCAGGCGGAGGGCCGCUGAGUUGGCCUGCCGGGGCCUGGCUGGUGCCAGUGCAGCCGCCGCCGCCGCGAUGCGCCUCCUUCGGUGUCUGCUGAAGGGCCAUUCGUCGCUGGCCGGGGCGCCCAAGUACAUCGAGCACUUCAGCAAGUUCUCGCCGUCGCCGCUUUCCAUGAAGCAGUUCCUGGACUUCGGAUCCAGCAAUGCCUGCGAGAAGACCUCAUUCACUUUCCUGCGCCAAGAACUCCCUGUCCGGCUGGCCAACAUCAUGAAGGAAAUCAACCUUCUCCCAGACCGGGUGCUGAGCACCCCUUCCGUUCAGCUGGUGCAGAGCUGGUACGUGCAGAGCUUGCUGGACAUCAUGGUGUUCCUGGACAAAGACCCUGAGGACCAAGGGACGUUGGGACAAUUCACAAACGCCCUGGUCACGAUCCGUAACCGCCACAACGACGUGGUCCCCACCAUGGCGCAGGGUGUGAUCGAGUACAAAGAAGCUUAUGGGGAUGACCCCGUCACCAACCAAAACAUCCAGUACUUCCUGGACCGCUUCUACCUGAGCCGCAUUUCCAUCCGCAUGUUGAUUAACCAGCACACCUUGAUUUUUGACGGCAGCACCAACCCGGCCCACCCCAAGCACAUUGGAAGCAUUGAUCCCAACUGCAACGUCUCGGACGUGGUCAGAGAUGCUUAUGACAUGUCCAAGCUCUUGUGUGACAAAUACUACAUGGCGUCUCCUGACCUCGAGAUCCAGGAAGUGAACGCCUCUGGAACAGGACCUCACCCAUGGCUUACUAACCACCCCGACCAGUCCAUCCACAUGGUCUAUGUCCCAUCUCACCUGUACCACAUGCUCUUCGAGCUGUUCAAGAAUGCCAUGAGAGCCACCGUAGAAAGCCACGAGUCCAGCCUCACGUUACCGCCCAUCAAGGUGAUGGUGUCGCUGGGCCAAGAAGACCUCUCCAUCAGGAUGAGCGACCGCGGAGGUGGGGUCCCUCUGCGCAAGAUAGAGCGGCUCUUCAGCUAUAUGUAUUCCACAGCACCCAAGCCAGAGCUGGGGACUGGAGGGACGCCCCUGGCUGGCUUUGGGUAUGGCUUGCCAAUUUCCAGACUCUACGCUAAGUAUUUCCAAGGUGACCUUCAGCUCUUCUCCAUGGAGGGGUUUGGGACUGAUGCUGUCAUCUAUUUGAAGGCCUUGUCAACAGACUCUGUGGAGCGGCUUCCCGUCUACAACAAAUCGGCUUGGCGCCACUACCAGACCAUCCAGGAAGCCGACGACUGGUGCGUGCCCAGUACGGAGCCCAAGAACACCUCCACGUACAGGGUGACCUAGGACCGAGACUUUUGCUUGCUCGAGGGAACAGUGUCUUGACGCCCGGCCUCAGUGGAGGCACCAAAACUUUGGGGCGGGAAAGAGAAAGACGAGAUGAUCAUCACCAGCACAAAACCACCUCAUUCCGCAAGAGCUCGUGGCUGGCCUGGCCUGCAACCCUGGAGCCUGGCAGCUUCUCAGAUUUGAUUUUUGGAAGUGCAUAGCCUAGAUCUCCUUCACAAAUAUUGCCACAGCCCCGCAUGGAACUUAUUCUCCUUCUCCCUGCCCCACCCCCAGAAUUGCCCUCUAGCCUAGCCAAUUGGAGUUUGCCUUCCACGAGUGGUUUGGAUCAUAAGUGUUUUGCACACCAUAUUAUUAUUAUUAUUAUUAUUA